UGGGUGCUCACAAAAGGGUGCUCUGGCUGUCCGACAAUCCCUGCACAGCCCAUGCCACUGAGCUCUUAGCAACGACAGAACCCCACAGGUGCAGCUGGCAGAGGUGACAGAAGGAGACUCAGACAGCAGUGUGACCCAGGUGAUGACUUACAUGACAUUGCCAGAAUUCCAAGAGGGAUCUUCAUCACCACCAUCAGCCAACCCAACAAAAAAACGUAAACAAAUCUGAGAAGUAAAUGAUUCCUCUCCAGCUCCACCACACGCACUGCCACAGAAGCCUGGACAGUCAGGAGCUCCAGCUGACCACACAGCGAGCGCUCCAGGCACCGGGCCACUGGACUGGGAUCACCACACGGUGAAGGCUGUGAGGAAGCACUUCCGGCCGGUGCCAGCCUGAUCCUCUCCUCGCCAGCACUGCGGCCGCCCGGCUGGCCUCAUGGAGAAAGUGCAGUACCUGACACGCUCCGCCAUCCGGAGGGCCUCGACCAUCGAGAUGCCGCAGCAGGCGCGCCAGAACCUCCAGAACCUCUUCAUCAACUUCUGCCUCAUCCUCAUCUGCCUGCUGCUCAUCUGCAUCAUCGUCAUGCUGCUCUGAGCCGCCCCCAAGGAGGGAGGAAGUGGCCGCUCCUCGCGCAGAGCUCCCAGCGAGGAGCGGCCCAGGUUAACAGGAGGUGGGAGCACAGACCCAGCUCGGCAAGCACAGCCAACCUUCGCUUCCUGGCGACCAGCGCGCUGUGAGGCGCCUGCCGACCGCUUCCCAUGGCCUGCAGUAUCUUCCCCAAGUUAACUUGGAGUCAGCACUGCUGCCCGGGUCACUUCCUGCACGCUGCCCGGCCUCCCUCUGGGGCUGACGUGUAACUACGAAUGCACCGGCACGGUAUCUUCAUAGCUACUACCCAGGGUUCAGGGCUUCCCCGCGACAGUGGUGGCGAACCUCUGGCGCGCGUGCCACAGCGGGAUGUUUGUAUCACUAAAGCUCUGAAAGCUUCGCCACCACUGCAGGAGAGGAACAGGUCAAACACACGUCACUGCACAAAGCACCCGACCCGAGUGCUCCACCUGCUGGUUCUUCGGGGAGCCCUUGUCAGGAGCUCACUUUCCAAAUCCCAAAUUAUAUUUUUUUCCUGUACCAAAAGAAUACUUUUUGAAGUUUUUCAAAAUCAAAUAGAGAAAGGAACAUAUUCUUAUAUAAAUAAAAUUUCGCUAAUUUUUUCAAAGAACAGAAUUUUAAUACAUGUAAGUUAAUCAUGACUCUGAGACACUGUCAUCAGCAGAUAAGAACUGGUAACUACCGUUUACCAUAACGAACACUAACAGAACACAGCCACACCUCAAUUUAAGGUUGUGGUGGAUUUCCUAACUUGUCAGACUACACUGAAAAACUUUGAUUUCAGAAUGACUGUGCAGGUUGUUCUCUAUUCCAACCUCAGAGCAACGAACAAAAAAAGAUUUCAAAUGACAGAAAAACAAUUAUUUCAAGAUUAAAGAAAUAAAAUUUAAAGCUCCAAAUAUUCUUAUAUUACGUUUUAAAAUGAACUUCUUGUCUGAUUAGUUACCACAGAUAUUUAUUUUUCUUAAUCUACCAACCAGGUGUACAGACUUACUUUGUAGGCCACUCCACUUAGCUACAUAAUAGAUCCAGCGAUGCUACCCUGUAAUUAUGUUCUUGAUGCAUAUGUUUUCAAUCUGCCCUCAGAUUGGGGGGGAACCAGGCA